AAAAGGAGUCGCGCGAGGCGAGAGAAAAAAGCCCCUGCCGUCGGCGGCCGAACCACGCGAUGCUCCAGAGGCUGGGCCUGCGCGGGAGCCCCAGCGCCCCCGCCGAGGAUGGCGCCUCCGUGUCCGCGCCCCCCGCCGUAGCGCCCUCCGGGAACGGCGGCGCUGGCCUGGGGCGGCCGCUGCGGCUGGCCUACUGCGACGAGAAGGGCAAGUUCGUGAUGGACCCGGAGGCGGUCGCGGCGCUGCAGCUCGUCAAGGGCCCCGUCGGGGUCGUCUCCGUCUGCGGCCGCGCGCGCCAGGGGAAGAGCUUCGUGCUCAACCAGCUUCUAGGCCGAAGCAGUGGUUUUCAAGUUGCAUCAACACAUCGACCUUGCACCAAGGGACUUUGGAUGUGGAGUGCACCUUUGAAGAGAACUGGUCUUGAUGGAACUGAAUACAAUCUUGUCUUGUUGGACACUGAAGGAAUUGAUGCUUACGACCAAACGGGCACCUAUAGUAUCCAGAUAUUUUCACUAGCUGUUCUAUUAUCAAGCAUGUUCAUAUACAACCAGAUGGGAGGGAUAGAUGAAGCCUCAAUCGAUCGUCUUUCACUGGUCACAGAAAUGACAAAGCAUAUACGCGUUAGGGCCUCAGGUGGAAGGUCCACUGCGUCUGAACUUGGUCACUUCUCACCAGUCUUUGUUUGGUUGUUGAGGGACUUCUACCUGGACCUGGCAGAAGACAACAGAAAAAUUACACCACGAGAUUAUCUUGAACUUGCGCUCAGGUCUGUUCAAGGUGGAGGAAGAGAUGUAUCAGCUAAGAACGCGAUACGGGAGUCAAUCCGUGCUCUUUUUCCAGACAGGGAAUGCUUUACACUUGUGCGACCGGUGAACAAUGAGAAAGAUCUCCAGCGCCUUGACCAACUUGAUCUGAAUACCUUUCGUCCAGAGUUCAAAUCUGGUUUGGAUGCUUUCACAAAAUUUGUGUUUGAUCGAACAAGACCCAAACAACUUGGAGCUAGUACCAUGACUGGCCCCAUCCUUGCUGGAUUGACACAAUCAUUUCUUGAUGCCAUUAAUACUGGUGCAGUCCCGACAAUAUCUUCCUCAUGGCAGAGUGUGGAGGAAACAGAAUGUCGUAGGGCAUAUGAUUCUGCUCUGGAUACUUACAGGUCUUCAUUCAACCAGAAAAAGUCAGUAGAAGAGGAUGCUUUGAGAGAAGCACAUGAAGCUGCAGUGAAUAAGGCUAUUAAUGUUUUUAAUGCCUCUGCUGUUGGUGCUGGUUCAGCUCGUUCGAAAUUUGAAAAGCUUCUACAAACUUCUCUGAGAAAGAUUUUUGAGGAUUACAAAAGGAAUACUUAUCUGGAGGCUGAUUUGCAAUGUACAAAUAGAAUACAGAACAUGGAGUCAAAAGUACGGGCAGCAUGUAGCCGUCCUGAUUCAAAAUUGGAUGAUGUAGUCAGGCUCCUUGAUGGCCUCGCCACGGAGUACGAGUCAACUUCUUAUGGGCCGAAGAAAUGGACAAAGCUAGCUACGUUUCUGCAGCAGUGUUUAGCGGGUCCCGUGCUGGAACUUUUCAGAAAACAGUUGGAGCAUAUAGAUGCUGAAAGGAAAUCCCUGAGAUUGAAAUGCAAUUCAAGCGACGAUAAGUUAGCAUUGCUUAGGAAGCAACUCGAGGCAAGUGAGGGGCACAGAGCAGAGUAUUUAAAGCGAUACGAGGAGUCUAUUAAUGAUAAGCAGAAAAUUUCAAAGGAUUACUCUGCUCGACUGGCUGAACUUCAGAACAAGGGUAGUAAGUUGGAAGAACGCUGUUUGAGCUUGUCUUCUGCUCUUGAACAUGCAAAACGAGAAUCUGUUGAUUGGAAGAGUAAAUACGAUAAUAGCAUUUUACAGCAGAAAGAAGAGGAAAGCAAGUUAAGAUCCCAAAUUGCUUCGUUGGAGUCUAGGGCGAAUAUCAGUGAGGGGAGAUUAUCUGCUGUGCGUGAGCAGGCUGAGUCUGCUCAAGAGGAAGCAUCCGAGUGGAAACGUAAAUGCGAAUAUGCUUCCAGUGAGGCCAAAACAGCUCUUCAGAGAGCUGCUGUAGCACAGGAACGCACAAAUAAGAAGGUGCAAGAAAGGGAAGAUGCUUUAAGGGCAGAACUUGCUAGCCAACUGUCUGAGAAGGAUGAAGAAAUAGCCAGACUCAGCACAAAAAUUAACCAAACUGAAGUCCAUGCUACAAGCCUGAUCUCAAGGCUUGAGGUUGCUGAAGCAAAGGUGAAGAAUUAUGAGUCAGAUUCGGUGACUCUGAAGGAACAGAUUAGAUUAUUGACUGAGAACUUGGAGUCUAUCAAAACUGAAGCUCAGUCACGUGAGAAGGAAGUGAAGAUUCUGGAACAAGAAAAAAACCAUCUUCAAGAAAAGUUUUUAUCAGAGUGCAAAAGGUUCGAUGAGACAGACAGGAGGUGCAAAGAAGCUGAAAGGGAGGCUAAACGUGCAGUAGAAUUAGCCGACUUAGCUCGUGUAGAAGCUGCUGCUGCCCAGAGAGAUAAGGGCGAAGCACAGCGACUAGCAAUGGAGAGACUUGCGUUAAUAGAAAGAAUGGAGAGACAGGUUGAGAGUCUAGAGAGGGAGAAGAAUAAGAUGGUGGAAGAAAUGGAGCGACUUCAUCAGUCUGAGUUGGAUGCAUUGUCCAAGGUCACGAUGCUUGAUGAAAGGGUUGAUGAGAGGGAAAAACAGAUCGGGGAGAUGUUAGAACAGAAUAAUCAGCAAAGAUCCAGCACAGUUCAAGUGCUUGAGCAUCUACUGGAAACGGAACGUGAAGCUUGCGCUGAAGCCAAUAAGAGGGCUGAGGCCCUGUCAUUGCAGCUGCAAGCAACUCAAGGCAAGCUUGAUAUGCUCCAGCAGGAGCUGACAUCAGUUCGGCUCAAUGAAACCGCACUUGACAGCAAGGUUAAGGCCUCAUAUUCACGGCGCUUAAGGGGUGAAGGUACCGAGUCUGUCCAUGAUAUGGAUAUCGACGAUGACAACAAUGGGAGGCGGAGAAAAAGAACAAAAAGCACUACAAGCCCGUUUAAGCAUCACACGGAGGAUGGCGGGUCUGUAUUUAUCGGAGAAGAUACUAACAACGGGAGCCAGCAGGUCGAGGAGACGGAGACUGAAGACUACACCAAGUUCACUGUGCUGAAACUGAAGCAGGAGCUCACGAAGCAUGGGUUUGGUGCCCAGCUGCUACAGUUGAAGAAUCCCAACAAGAAGGACAUCGUCGCCUUGUAUGAGAAGCAUGUUGUGGCCAACUAGCUGUGUCCUCCAUAGCAUUAUGUAAUAGUAUUAACUCUGCACACCAUAGAUUUUCCUGUAGCGUUCAACAUUGUGUUUGCAAGAUUCUGUGCCAUCUAAUUUGUGGCUGCCACGUACAAGAUGUGCCAUCUAAUUUGUAGUGUUCAACAUUGUGUUUGCCAAGACGAUCGAUGAGCAGCAUGACCGGACCCA